AUGACCGUCUCCCCCCAGCUCAGGACCCAGGCCUACAUCAACGGCAAGUGGGUUGACGCCCAGUCUGGCAAGACCUUUGUUGUCACCAACCCCGCUACCGGCGAGCGCAUUGCCGAUGUUCCCGACCUCAGCGAGGAGGAGGUUCUCGGCGCUGUCAAGGCCGCCGAGGACGCUUUCCCCGUGUGGUCCGCUACCUCGCCCAAGCACCGCCAGGACACUCUGAUGAAGUUCUUCAACCUCAUGCUUGAGCGCACUGAGGAGCUCUCGCGUCUCAUCACCCUUGAGAACGGCAAGCCCCUCGCCGACGCCACCGGCGAGCACAAGUACUCGGCCUCGUUCAUGGAGUGGUUUGCCAGCGAGGCUGUGCGCACCUACGGUGAUGUGAUCCCCUCGACCAUCCCUGGCCUGCGUAACCUCGUGAUCAAGCAGCCCAUUGGUGUCGUCGGCAUCAUCACCCCCUGGAACUUUCCCUCGGCCAUGAUCACCCGCAAGAUCGGCCCCGCCCUCGCCGCCGGCUGCACCUGUGUCAUCAAGGCUCCCUCGGACACCCCCUUGUCGGCCAUGGCCCUCAUGGAGAUUGCCGAGCAGGCCGGUAUCCCCGCUGGUGUCCUCAACCUCGUCACCUCGCGCAACUCGCGCAUGGUUGCCAAGGUCCUCUGCGAGCACCCCGUCAUUAAGAAGGUCUCGUUCACCGGCUCGACCGGUGUCGGCAAGCAGCUCAUGCAGCAGAGCUCGUCGACGCUGAAGAAGCUCUCGAUGGAGCUCGGCGGCAACGCCCCCUUCAUUGUCUUUGACGACGCCGACGUUGACGAGGCCGUCAAGGGUGCCCUCAUUGCCAAGUUCCGUUCGUCGGGCCAGACCUGCGUCUGCGCCAACCGCCUGUUCAUCCAGGACAAGGUCUACGAUGAGUUUACCACCAAGCUCACCGCUGCCGUCGAGAAGUUUGUGGUCGGCAACGGUCUCGACGCCGGCGUCACCCACGGCCCGCUCAUCCACGACCGCGCCGUUGCCAAGGUCGUCGAGCACGUCGAGGACGCCGUGUCCAAGGGCGCCAAGGUGACCGUCGGCGGCAAGGCCGGCAAGGGCAACUUUUACGAGCCCACCGUCCUCGUCGACGUCCCCAUUUCGGCCCUCGUGUCCAAGGACGAGACCUUUGGCCCCCUGGCCCCCUGCUACCGCUUCUCGACCGAGGAAGAGGUCAUGAAGCUCGCCAACGACACCGAGUUUGGCCUUGCCGGCUACUUUUACUCGCGCGACAUUGGCCGUGUCUGGCGCGUCGCCGAGGCCAUGGAGACCGGCAUGGUCUGCGCCAACUCGGGUGUCCUCUCGCAGGCUACCAUCCCCUUCGGCGGCAUCAAGGAGUCGGGCUUUGGCAAGGAGGGCUCCAAGUACGGCAUGGACGACUACCAGAUCACCAAGCUCGUCCUCAUGGGCGGCCUCGGCACCCGCUACUAA